UGCGGCAGAGGGCGCAUGCGCGGCAGGGGUUCGCGCUCCACCCAGAGCGGGGAAUGUGAGGGCGCGCGGGCGGGGCGGUCGGGCUGCAGUCGGCGGUGGAGCAGCGAGCGGUCGGGCUGCAGUCGGCGAGACCACCUUACUGUGCGGGAGCGGAGUGUUGUUGCGGCUGUCCGCUCUUCGGCCAUGGGCGAUGUGAUAUCCACUCACCUGGACGAAAACCGGCGGCUUUUCAUCUCAGAAAGGACUGGGAAGAUUCUGGAUGAGUUUUUUCAGUUCUAUGAGGAACAGUAUCCAUUGGCUCUCUUCAAUAAGAUUCGAUAUGAGGUUGAAGAUAAUGGUGGACCCCAACCUCAGCUUCUUCAAAGAAAGACUCCAUUAAAGGAUAAAAUUAUCUUUUCUGGCAACCUCUACCAGUAUUUGGAAGUAAACAGGAAGUGGAAGAAUAGACAUUUUGUAAUACGUGAUGACUACAGUGUGGAGUACUAUGACGGCAAAGUGGCCUUUGACAGAGGAUCUAGUCCAAAGGGAGUUAUUAAUUCUGCAGGCUACAAGGUGCUGAAGUCAAUGGAUCAAUAUCUGGAGCUGGUUAACAACAGUAUGCCAGGAAUCAAAGGAAAGGCAAGCAGUUCUCCAUUUCUGAAGUGGCCAACAGAGUACUGCACCAUUUUAUGGCAUCCGUAUGGACAUCAUUACUACUUUUGUGUUGUAUCAGAGAAAGAGCAGCAGAAGUGGCAUGCUGUGUUUCAGGAUUGUGUGCGUCAUCUAAAUAAUGGAUUACCUGAAGAUUGUAAAGUGGAGACCCCAGCAUUCACUGAUGCAGUCCGCCUGUACCGUCAAUCAAAAGAUCAGUACGGCACCUGGGACAUGUUGUGCGGCAACCAAACACAGAUUGUAACGAACCUAGUGAUGGAGGAGCUUCUUCCCGAGCUGGGAGCAAUGAUCUAUCCAAAAUUGAAGGGCAAAUUGCAUGAACGUCAGAAGACCUGGAUCUUGAUUACAGAGGCUGUGCAGAAGAUGGUUCUGGAACAGACAAAAGCCCGAUAUGAAGCUGUUUUGCAGAAGUGCGAAUGUGCCCGUUCUGAAUUGGAAAGCAGGAUUCGUCCAGAUCUGGAUCAAAUUAUUAGUUCAAAGGAACAUGUGGCAAACAAGCUAAGAGUGUUUGUAAUGCCUAAAGCUGAAGCUUGUGUCCGGAACAAAGUGCAGCCUUGCAUCUCUUCCAUUCUUGAAGCUUUGAUGGGUCCAACAAGCAGAGGCUUCUCUGAAGUCAGAGACUUGUUUUUCAAAGAGAUUGUGGAAAUGAAUAAAAAUAUUCUGAAUGAAGGAGGGAAGCAAAAGCUUGGGGAGUACAUGGAGAAGCUAAGCUUGUUACCUUAUCACCCAGUGAAGAUGCAGAGCUGUUAUGAGCAGCUCGAACAGCUGCAGCCACAACUCAAGGAACUUCAACAACGUUUCGAUCUCUCCAGUCCAGCAGUCUUUGUCCAGCGCGGUCAGAUUCUUUUGAGAGAGAUUUUGGAUAAUGCAGUGUACACAUUUGAGCAACUUCUACACCAAAGUCUUGGUAACUCUUCUGAGAAGGAACAGAUGUGCCAGACAAUCCAACGCAUUCAAGAGAGAGUGUUGAAGAAAUAUGACUAUGACAGCAGCACCAUCAGAAAGAAGUUUUUCCGAGAAGCAUUGCUCCAGAUCACAAUUCCAUACCUGCUGAAGAACCUCUCUGCAUCUGUCAACACAGCUUUACCUAAAUUUCAAGAAUUUAUCUUUGAAGAUUUUUCCAAGUUUAUCCUGGUUGAUAGUAUUUUUGAGGAGGUGGUGCUCCAGUCUGUCUCCAAAGAUAUAAUGCUGGCUGUGAAGGAAGCAGCUGUGCAAAGAAAGCACAACCUCUUCAGAGAUAGCAUUGUAAUGUCCGGCAGUGACCCCAACCUGCUGCUUCUCGGAGAAGGCCAAAACAUCAACUGGAACAGUGAGAUGGCCAAUCAAGAAAGCAGUGAUCUGGAAAGUGCAUCUGAGAAAAGGAAAAGAAUGAAGCAAGUCGUAUCCAUGAUUCAGGAUGAUGACAUUUCACGUCCUGAUGAAGUUGACGUUAUAACUGAUGUCAAACAAGCAGCCGAGACAGAGCAAGUUGGAACCGGUGGCUCUUCAGAACUUUGCAGUCCAGUCAAAUCACCUGAUAGUGUCAAAGAGAUUCGCGACCUAAUAACCAUAGGUAAAAUUGAAACAACUGAAGCAAAUACAGGAGUAGAUAGUUCCCUGACCAAUGGAACUGUUUGCAAGGAUGAAAUAGUGCCUGAGAGAAAUCCUUCUGAAGAAAUUGAGAACAAGCUCCUCCAAAAACAACUCCAAGAAUCACUACAGUCCUCCCAUGACUGUGACCUCAGAUCUUCUGCUACUGAGCAGACGGAAGAUAGAAUCAGCUCAUCAGUAAUUGCCUUGCUUGAAGGAAAUGAUAAGUCAUACCAAGAGAAAGCAACUGUCUACCAACAAGAAGAAUCUAGUGACAAAGAAACGGGAGAGGAAGUUUCUUCGAAGAAUAUUGAUAUUGCAAGAGGUUCUCAUGAUAUACAUAAUCAAGCAGAAGAAUCACAAUCUUAAUUGAAAGAAAAUUAAUUUGACUGCAGUCAGUACCCUAAUGAAUACUCAAACUAUUAUAUGGCUUUUAGCCUCGAAUGCAUUUUUCCGAUAUAUCAGUAAUAACACAAGAACCUGAAUUUCAGUAGGAAUGUGAUCAGUCUUUGAUAGUAAGUUCGGGAAUGAGGGGGUAACUUUGAAUGUCAGUCGUCUGCAGUCUGUUUGAAGGCUCUACAACAUGUGUUACCACAAUAUCCUUCCCAUAAUCUUCCCUUUGUCAUCUUCUGGCACUUCAAACAUUUUCAACAGACCUAUUUAGCUCUGGGUUUAUCUUUUUAAAGCUCAUUUUUGUUUACAAUUGUAAUUUUUUCAUCUAUGUUCAUAGUUAGCUGUCAUGUUCUUACAGUCAGACUGUUCACAUAAGUCCUCAGUUGCCAGUGCAAAAUUGUCAUUCACUUCACCAUGGUAUUCAAAGAUGGAUUCUCUUGACUAAAUUGAGAAAGGUGCUUCAUAUUGGGGUCAAAAGAUCUAAUUGUCAGUUAAUGGCAAGAUAAUACAUUUCUCUACAAUGAAUGAAACAAAAAAAUUAGUGUUUUUUGUUGCCAACACUAUUGAGAAUAGUCAUAUUUUAUGAAAUUUCACACCAUUAUAUCCAAAAGAGGGAAUACUUGACAGAAGUAUAAUGAUCUGCUAGCUACUUCCAGAAGGUACUUGAAACCAAAACAUACCCUCUAGAAUGAGAUUUUGAAAACCAACUACAAUUAGUACCUAUGUGCAAUUAAUAAUAUUCCAUUGUUUCUGAAUCUUGUGUUAUACAAUCCUUCAAAAAUUGUUCAGUAAUUAUCUAUACAGAAAUAGCCAUUAGAUUCCAUCUUGCACAUGAUAGGAAGCCUUUCAAGUUCCAUCUAAAUUACCUCUAAUAUUACUCUGAAAAUGAAUGAAGUAGUGUGAGGCAAAUAAGCUUUUAAUGGAAUUGCAAAUAAUGACAGAAGACCGUAGCAAAGAUUGGACAGAAUCUCUGUCUGGUUAAAUCUUUCUGAAAUAGUCCUGGAAAGUUUAGAAACAUAUUAUAAAUUGUGCUGCCUGUGUGACUAUUCAUUUUUCAGGAGAGAUAACUGGGGUAGAUUUUCAUUUUCACCUAGAGCUGCAUAGCUGAAUAGUAACCAAUACAACAAGCCUGCUCUUUUAAUCAUGCAAAUCUAGCCAGUGAACUGUUAGUCAAUUAGUUUGUAUGUUGAUAUUGAGGAAAAAUGACAGAUAUUGCUGGAUAGGUGCUCAAAUUAUUGAACCUAAUGCAUUCUACCAAUUGCGUGCCUUGAUUUUUAGGCCAAAUAUUACAUGACCUACCUUCUGCCAAGCUUAUUAGAAAAUUACUUUUAUUUAAGAAAAAUUUAUUUCAUAUUAUUUAGCUUAAACGCUUAUUUAACUAUUAAAUAUUGGCGGUCUGCUUGGGAUUAAGUAGUUAAUGUUUCUUGGCAUGAACUUUUGGAUGAAGUUAAGUGGGCUUUUCCAUUGUACCAUAGUUUAUGUUUGACAGCUUUUGCUGACUGAAUAAGGAAAAUGAAUUUAAGUAGUUUAAUUUUAUUGAAGGGCAUGCAAGGUAUGCAGUGAUAUUUAAACAAUCCCACUUAGAGGCUGUUUUUUUUACUUAACACCUCAUUUUGCUCUUAUUAUUGAGGGGUUUCAACUUGAGGGGUUUAAAAAUACUACCGAUAAUCAUGAUACCUGUUUAUUCAUUCCCAUGGAUGCUCUGAAUAUUUUAAGUCGCUUUUUACAAAGUAUGCAUUUAAUAAAGUUUUCAUCGGGACCAAUCUGUUAUUGUGUGCAUAUAAUUAAAUUCCAUUUUGCCUGCCUGCAUUGCUCAGGCACAGAAUGGUGUUGAAGACUUCAUA